GCUUUCCAUAUUGGAAGAGUUUGAGCUUGAUUUGCAGAUUAAUAUGAGCAGCACUUUAGGUGUUUCUAAUUCAUUAAUGAUGUCAAAACAAUACUCGGCAAGGUUUAUGGUAUUGCUGUUUACAUUCAUUUUCUUAUUUGAUUCUCUUGCAUGCGCAGACCUACACACCCACACAUUCGUUCUUGAAUCCACAAAUGUUACUGGACUGUGUAAGACAUAUAACAUUAUCACAGUGAAUGGUCAGCUUCCAGGUCCAACUCUGCAUGUCCGAAAUGGCGACACACUUCAUGUUACAGUUUAUAACAGGGCCAAGCACAACGCCACUAUCCACUGGCAUGGAGUGAGACAGAUUCGCACAGGGUGGGCUGAUGGACCAGGUUACAUUACACAGUGCCCGAUACAACCAGGGGGUAAAUUUACUUACACGUUCACCAUUAUUGGACAGGAAGGAACGUUGUGGUGGCAUGCCCAUGUUUCAUGGCUCCGUGCAACAGUUCAUGGAGCAAUGAUCAUCCUUCCGAAGAAUGGCAGCUCUUAUCCAUUUACCCAACCCGAUGCUGAGAUUCCUAUAGUUUUAGGGGAGUGGUGGAACAGUGAUCCCAUCGAAGUCGAAGAGGAAGCAAAACUGAGUGGAGGUGCACCGAAUGUUUCAGACGGUUUCACUGUAAAUGGACAGCCAGGAGACCUCUAUAACUGCUCAACCUCAGGAACAACAAAUUUCCCUGUAGAACACGGAAAAACCUACCUACUUCGUAUCGUAAAUGCUGCAGUCAAUAAUCACCUCUUUUUCAAGAUUGCAUCACACAAUCUUACAGUGGUAUCUGUGGAUGCCUCCUACACAAAGCCAUACACAACAGACAUACUGAUGUUAACAUCUGGUCAGACUACAGACGUUCUUCUCACGGCCAAUCAAGCCGAAGCCAGAUAUUAUAUGGCCGCCAAAGUAUACACUACUCAAUCUGAAGCAAAUAUUGAUAACACCACAACAACCGCCAUUUUAGGCUACGUGGGCUCUAAUUCAUCUGCCACUCCAAUCCUCCCUGACCUUCCAGUAUACAAUGACACUGCAACAGUGACCACAUUUACCCGAUCCUUACGAAGCCUGGCUUCACAGGAGCAUCCAGUGGACGUUCCCCAAAGCAUAAGCGACAGUAGCAUCAUAACCGUAGGACUCGGUUUACGCCCUUGUGAAACCGGCGGUAAUUGUGGUGGCCCUAACAAUACCAGACUGGCUGCGAGUAUGAACAACAUAUCUUUUGUGCUGCCUGAUGUCGCCAUUCUGCAAGCUUAUUACUUCGGCGUUAAUGGAGUCUUUACCACCGACUUUCCUUCCAACACUCCAGUUGUGUAUAAUUAUACCGGCGAUGUACCCAAAACUCUGUGGGCGCCAAUUUCUGGCAGAAAAGUUAAAGUCAUUGAUUAUAAUGCCACAGUUCAAGUUGUGUUUCAGGGAACCAAUAUCUUCCAAGCAGACAACCAUCCAAUGCAUAUUCAUGGGUAUGACUUUUAUAUUGUAGGAGAGGGUUUUGGUAAUUAUGAUAAUGAAACAGAUCCGAGCUCUUUCAAUCUGGUCGAUCCACCUCAACGAAAUACAGUAGGGGUUCCGGUCAAUGGAUGGGCCGCUAUCAGAUUCAAAGCUGGCAAUCCAGGUGCAUGGUUCGUACAUUGUCACUUUGAUGACCAUGUAACAUGGGGAUUGGAUACUGUCUUUAUUGUCAAGAACGGCCCUAGUGCUUUGGAAAGUUUGAUCCCUCCUCCUGUUGACCUCCCCAAAUGCUAAAGCAAGUUCCAGUGUUGCAGUAUUUCUAGAUAUAAUUGAUAUAUAAUUUUUUUUAUUAUCCAGUGUUACAAUAUUUUUAAACAUAAUUUAAAUAUAAAUAUUUUUAUUGUGCAUUCUUUUAUAUACUA